GAAGCCGGUAGAUACAGUCUGUCACACACGCGGAAGACAUGGAGAGCGACUCAUCGUCCCUGGGUGUUCUCCCGAGAGUGCUGGGGGUCUCCUCUGUAGGGCUCCUCUGUAUCGUGCUUAUGUUGAAAAUCGGAAAAAGAGGGCAGUACAAACUACCUCCGGGACCGUGGGCGUGGCCUAUCGUGGGAAACCUCCCGCAACUAAAAGGAAAACUCGGAUUUUACUACGACGUGUUAGAUUUCAGAGAGGGAUAUGGGGAUAUUUUUAGGCUACAGAUGGGAGUACAUAAUGUUAUAUUUGUAUUUGGACACCGAUACGUCCAAGAACUAUUGUGUAAAAAGGGACACUUGGUCACUAAGAGGCCUAACUGGAUGUACAUUCCAGAUAAACUUCUUCACGGAAAAGGCAUUGUUUGGAGUUUUGGAGAAUCGUGGCGCACGAUGCAGGCCCAUUUGAAAUCAGCACAAGAAGAUCCAACCGUGGUAUCAGCGCUGCAGCGGCACCUAGCGGCAGAAUACGAGAUGUUCCAGUCACACAUCAAAAAAUGUUCUCCCCACACCCUGGAAGAUUUGAUCCGCCAAGCCGCCUUCAACUUUAUAUCAUCCUUCCUCCUCGGCAAAAGGUACGGCUAUGAUGACGAAGAUAUGAUUAAAAUACGAGAUAAGCUGGCAGAUUUCGGCCGCUAUAUGGCAACCGCUAACUGCGUCAAUUUUCUCCCUGUCUUGGCUACGCUUGAAUACUCAAAGAUUAAAGAAGCCGAGGGAGAUCAAGAAUUUGUGUUCUGCCAAUUUCGAAAAAUUCUUCAAGAAAAAUCGAACACGUCAAGGACUGGCCCUCUUUCGGAUUUUUUCCAGAUUUACCUAUCUAAGUCAGAGAGUGAGCGGUCUGCGGACGGAAUGACGGAAAUUGAUCUUUUACGGACGACCGUCGACAUGUUUGUGGCCGGUACAGAUAAUCUGAUGGUCUCCACAAAAUGGAUACUGAUGGCUCUGGUCAAGUACCCGGAUGUACAGUCGAAAUGUAGAUCGGAAAUUUUAGAGGUUAUUGGUCGAGAUGAAAGGGUCCAAUCACACGACAGACAAAAGACACCUUACACUAUAGCCACUAUAAAGGAAAUCCAGAGGAUGUACUCGCCAGUGACCUUGACGCCAUUCCACUGUCCUGAACAGGACAUAACGAUCGGAGAGUAUGACAUCCCCAAAGAUUCCAUCAUUAUGAUAGACUGCAGAGCACCGUGUAAAAAUGCAAAGUUUUGGGAAAACCCAGACAUCUUCAAUCCUGACCGAUUUCUUGAUCUUAAUGGCAUGCAACGGUUACCAGAGGCAUGCUUUAUUCCUUAUGGAACAGGUCCUCGAUAUUGCAUUGGUAAAUACAUAGCGGACAUCUUCCUGUACAUGUUCACCGCAAACAUUCUACAGAAUUUCCAGAUCACUGCCAGUAAUCCAGAGGAGGAGCUGUCAUUUGAGAACGUCUUUAAUCUGUUCGGCCUUCACCCUCAGCACUUUGACAAAGUGGAACUAAAAGACUUCUGAAUGAUGAUUGUAUGUCCAGACUCAUGCUGAGACAAACGGCAAUAAAAAAAUGUAGAAUUUUUUUUUACAAUGGACUUUUACUUGUAUAUUUCAGGCCAGUUAAGUGAUGUAGUAAAUAUUUGUUUUCUUUGUACGAACAUUGUAUUAUAUAUUGUAAGUACAAUAACUUGUUAUUACAGAAAUGCAUCUCAUUAUUUAUUUUUAUAUGUAUGUCCUCUACUUUUUAAAAUAAAAAUCUUAUAUACUUGAC